ACAGCGGUAUCGCCACAUCACCAUAACUUUGGAUACGGUGGGGCCCUAUGUGAACAUUGCAAUGACGUUCAAUCCCCUCCGGCCGACAGAUGUCGCCACUUACUACGCGCGAUUCAAACAGACUGGGGCUAAGGAUGAUAAAAACUUCACUUUGAUCCCUUUUCUUACUGUCAAUCCUGGCGACACGCGUCUAGAACCGCAGACUAUAGAGAUGGUGGCUGGGUCCAGGCUGAACACCACGACCAUAUACUUCACAUGUCGAGGAUGCAAGGUCCGAGGUAUCAUGUGGAGAUCCUUUGACAAUAAGCCGAGGAACGUGGACAAUGAGAGGUGGCGGUCCAGGAGAUUCACUGAUGAGAAAGGGUUUGAGUUGAGUAUAUGAUUUAUUAUACUUCAA